CUUAGCUGUUGACUUACAAGCAGAGAGAGGGGAAUUGGAUUAUUAACGGCAGUACAUAGGACCAAAGGUUCUGAAAGAAAGGAUGGAAGAUAAGAACUUCUUCCUUGCUUUAUUUCUCUGCUCCAUUUUGCUUUCAACUGCCUAUUCGCACAUGAUCUUUGAGGAGAACAGAGACGCCCAUCUGGCAACCAGCAACAAAAUGAAACUCCCAGAUCUCCCACCCAUCUCUAUAGUAGAAUUAACCAAAACAUCCCGGAAAGUAAGCAGGAAAGAGGCAGAGAAGAAGAAAGAAUCCAAGAGAAAGACCCAGAAAAGAAAAUCCCGCAGGCCCAGGCCCACACUCCCAGCUAAUUGUGUGGCUACUUGGAAAAACUGCAAGACACCCUCUCCCCCGUGCUGUGAUGUCUGCACCUUCUGCCACUGCCGGCUUUUUCAGACUGUCUGCUACUGCCGAGUAGGAAACCCAAACUGCUAAACCCACACCAGGAAGGCAGUGCUGGAACUCUGUCAUUAACUGCUCCAGAGUUUGUUGCAACCUGUUUUUCUCGUGUGCAUUGCAAGCGAAGUAUAGAGUCUUUGAAGCUUUCCCGCUGGCUUUGUGUUCCCCAGACCUGAAUGAAUGCUGGGGUUUACUUCAUGGAACAAGCACUGUGGCCCACAAGUAAAUCAUUACAGGGAGUGUGAGGGAGGGGGGAUGGAGGCUGACGGGCUGACAGAGUAUUUAGAACAGAACUGAAUGGGAACAGGUUCCAGUUCAAGGAAGAUUUGUUUCUUUCAGAAAUGUGACAUCUCACCACAGGCUGUAAGCGUCUAUGAGGAGGACCCGGGCUGAAUGCCCUAGGUUGUCAGUGUCCAUCUACAGUAUGAAACUGGCCGCAUUAGAACAAAUUUGGUUAACACAACAGGGGACCUAGUGUUUAUAACAUAAGAAUGGCCACACUGGGUCAGACCAAAGGUCCAUCUAGCCCUGAAUCCUGUCCUCUGACAGUGGCCAAUGGCAGAUACCCCAGAGGGAAUGAACAGAAAAGUGAUCCAUCCCCUGUCACCCAUUCCCAGCUUCUGGCAAACAGAAGCUAGGACCACCAUCCCUGCCCAUCCUGGCUAAUAGCCAUUGAUGGACCUAUCCUCCAUGAACUUAUCUAGUUCUUUUUUGAACCCUGUUAUAGUCUUGGCCUUCACAACAUCCUCUGGCAAAGAGUUCCACAGGUUGACUGCAUUGCGUGAAGAAAUACUUCCUUUUGUUUGUUUUAAACCUACUCCCUAUUCAUUUCAUUUGGUGACUAGUUCUUGUGUUAUGAAGAGUAAAUAACACUUCCUUAUUUACUUUCUCCACACCAGUCAUGAUUUUAUAGUCCUCUAUCAUAUCCCCCCCCCUUAGUCAUCUCUUUUCCAAGCAGAAAAGUUCCAAUUUUAUUAAUCUCUCCUCAUAUGGAAACCGUUCCAUACCCCUAAUCAUUUUUGUUGCCCUUUUCUGAACCUUUUCCAGUUCCAAGAUAUCUUUUUUGAGAUGAGGUGACCACAUCUGCACGCAGUAUUCAAGAUGUGGGCGUACCAUGGAUUUAUAUAGAGGCAAUAUAUUUUCUGUCUUAUUAUCUAUGCCUUUCUUAAUGAUUCCCAACAUUCUGUUUGCUGUAUUGACUGCCGCUGCACAUUGAGUGGAUGUUUUCAGAGAACUAUCCACAAUGACUCCAAGAUCUUUCUCUUGAGUGGUAACAGCUAAUUUAGACCCCAUCAUUGUAUAUGUAUAGUUGGGAUUAUGUUUUCCAAUGUGCAUUACUUUGCAUUUAUCAGCAUUGAAUUUCAUCUGCCAUUUUGUUGCCCAGUCACCCAGUUUUGUGAGAUCCCUUUGUAGCUCUUCACAGUCUGCUUACCACAGCACCAUGUGGUUUACCUGUGGGGAUAGCACCACAUGUUAUAUUAGAACCAGGAUACCAUGCAGUAAGUGUAGGCUUUAGGAUUAGCCACUUCCCCACACAUGGAGUAAAGACCAGGGAGUCUGGAGUAAAGCCGAGAUAUAACAGGUUUUGGUCCUAUCCUCCCAGCUAGGACCAGGCAGUGUUAUGACACUACUCAGCACCAGCACAGCCAGUUCCAGGGCACCCAGACUCCUGGGGAUCUUACUUACCAGCAGUAGUUCAGAGUAUGGGGAACUCCUGUUUAGCUUUUGUUCUUAGAGAUCUUCCUAGUCUUUGUGUCUUUUCUGGUGACACUCAGCAGCAUAAUGCCAUCAGUGGGGGAUCAUCCUCCCUCAUAUCAUCAAGAAUAGACCUCGGAAGUCAUGGUGGGGAGAGUGGGAGCAGGGCUAGAAACUGGUUUUAAUGUUGAGGGUGGUCUUCACCCCACCUCAGCUCUCUAUGUUCACCCGCUCUCUUCUCUGACUGCAGACUCUAUGUCCUCCACAUCUUUGUCUCUCUUCUGCAGCCCUUUCCUUCCUCUCACGAACACUGACAGUCAUCAACGGACCACUGGUACCAUUGGCCCAACUAACACUACCAGGGCUUCCCCCCCACCAAAGUGUUUGUAUGAGCAGUCUGUCAGCCUGCUAUAUCAGAAUGCAGGACAGUCCAGCAUUCCUCACCCUCGCCUUCCUGCCAUGCCUGCUUUCCCCAAGCAUAUGACAGCAGCCUGGAGAGGGUCCUAUGCCUACAUCUGCUCAUUCUCUGCCUAGACGCCAACAGGGGUAACAUUACUUUGUUUCAGCCAAUUAUUACCAAGUACAGGGCUGAAUGAUGUUCUAUGGCAAUCAGAGAAAACGUGAAAGACAUAGAUGCUCUCUGAAGCCAUCCUGGCAACAUUUGUUCGUAAAUUUUUGCCUCCCUCCCCCAACCCGAACUUAAAAACCCAGAGUUCAAGACACAGGACAGAUGUUGAUAGAGAGCAGGUGAUUAGUCUGUCAAUCUGUCUCUCUAUAAAGUUCAAAAAGAGAAAAACCUAGGAGAGGCUAAACAGAGACAGACCAACCCCCAGUGUGCAUUCCUUUCUCCUACUGGCUGCCAUAAAUCUUGCAAGGUUGGAGUCUAUUAAAAUGUUCAUAGUUGUUUCUUUUAAUCAGAUGUACAGAUUCAGGAGUCUAUACACAAUUUGGGCAUGGAAAAAAAGGAGUCCAGAAAAAACAUACAUACUAGAUGCAGGCACAUAGGGUCAAAUCCUGGCACCCUUACUCAGGUUGAGGAGUACCUUACUCUGCCAUAGACCUACUCAACACAAGGUUGACAGAAUCUGACCUCUAAUGUCCCUAAAUGGUAUUCCCACGGACCAGAAGAAAAUGUCCUAAUUGGCCAUUACAACCAUAGUAAUGGUCAGAUGACAUUUUGGAAUGUGGAGUGCAAAGAAAAUGCUUUUCUUGAGUGCAGUGCUCAGAUACAAUGAGAACUUGACAGAGCCUUCACCCAGAACCUUUACUAAAGCCAUAUCUACACAGUAAGUUGCUGUGCAGCAAGCCAGGAUCUGAAUGUACAGCACGCUACCUUGCCACGCAGUAACAUCUUGUGUGGACACUGCUAGAGUGCAGUGAAAGUCCUGCAGUGCAGCCUGGCUUACCACGCUUUCAAGGAGUAGUUAGCCAAGGUACACUCCAGGACUUCCAUUGUACUGCAGCGGGGUGCACAUGGGAUGUCACGGUGCACCAGCUUACUAUGCAGUAUCUUCACAGCGCAGCAUAGACAUCAGUUUGAUAAAGAAAUGUACAUGCAUGUGCUCUUUGAUUGUUAUUAUACCUUUAAUUUACAUUUUAAUACUCUUCAAGGUAGAUUUCCACCAAAGGCCAGGGUUAGAAACUAACUGGAAAACCAUGCAUAUUUUCCUCUAAAAAUGAGGAAAGGCAUGAAAUCUAUAUGUAUUCACUUAUUUUUAAUGAUUCCCAAAGGGUAAAUUAAUUAAAAUGGUUUAAAAAAAACCCUUUUUUAAAAAAAGGAGCAGUGUGGUGCCAUAAAGAUGUGUCCCAAAAUGAAACCCAGAAGCGCUGGAAAAUUAAGAAAGGGUAGGAGAGACUUCCAGCAGCCCACACCCAUAUACAGCUACAAUGUACUCAAAGGACAUUCCACAUUGGGGGUGGAGAAAUAUGGGAGUGGAGGUGGAAAGAGGGCCUUAUGUCUCUCCAUGGUGCCCCUUCUGGCUGAUUAAUGAUGCACAUUAAUGGCUCUGAAAGGAGUCCAUGCGGCCCUUUGGCUGAAGGAUGAUGGAUGAUUGCCUGAAGAAUGAUGGGUGCAAUACAAAAUACACUAGUAUGGAAGGAUGGAAAACAGGGAAAGUAAAGAACAUCCAGGGCUUAAACAAGGAGGCUGAGGUUUCAUCAUACAAAAUCUGAUUGCUGAUUUAUGAUCUCCCCAGAACCUAAAGUUGAUCAGAAAGCCUACAGUUUUUCCUAUGAAAAAAAUUAGAAAACAGUUAAAGCCAGGGCCACCCAGAGGAUUCAGGGGGCCUGGGGCAAAGCAGGGGAGCAGACAUACUCACCGGGCGGCGCUCCGAGUCUACAGCAGCAGUGGCGGAUCCUUCACUCGCUCCACAUCUUCGGCAGCACUGAAGGACCCGCCGCCGAGAUGCCACCGAAGACCCAGACCACCACUGGGUAAAUAAAAAUUAAAAAGGUGCCUCUAGCAGAGAUUCUCAGCCAGGACUCAUGGGGCCCCCCGCUCUGGGCGGCCCUGGUUAAAGCAUGAAAAGUGGCUUUACUCAUUUUCACACACUUACUGUUUUCUAACUUUUGAAAAUUGGAAAACAGUAAAUAAGUAUUAAAAAUGGGUAUCCCCUACUUUCACACACUCUUUUACCUUUCAUCUCAUUUUUCCAGUGGGGGCAGGGGGUGAAAGUAAGUUAGGCCACUUACCGGUACGGGCCAGGGGCGGGCUCUGGCCCCCGGAAGGGGCGGAGCCUCUGGCGGAAGGGGGCAGGGCUGGGGGUCAGCAUCCCCCAACCAGUCUUUUCAGGCCGCCUGGCCCACACCGCCCAGGGCUCCCGUGUUGAUUUAAAGGGCCCUGGGCUCCGGACGCCACUGCUGCGCUAGCCCCGGGCCCUUUUAAAUCGCAGGCCCCAGGGCAACUGCUCCCUUUGCCUCCCCCAGCCCGUCAGAGGCUGCAGGGGGGGGAGGGGCAAUGGGGCAGGGACAUUUAAGCACUGCCAUGGCAGCACUUUAAUGUGGGCUGGGUAUGAGACGGUGCGGGUUCUUACUGGUAUGGAGUACCAGCCCGUACCGGCUCACUUUUACGCCUGAGUGGGGGGAGGGAGCGGAGUAAAGAAAAGGGAAAGGGAGACAAAAAUUCAAAAACCAAAAACAGAAAACCAAACUUUUUGAGUUUCCAAAAACUGAAAUGAUAUUUCAAAUUGAAACGAAACAAAUUUUUCGUUUUUAAAUGCUGGAAAAAUCAAACAUUUUUGUCUACAUUCAUAUUUUCAAUGUAAAUUAAACCACAUUUUCUAACAGGAAAAUUUUUCAGUUGAAAAUUUUUACCACCUCUAGCAAAACCCAAACAUGGAAUUCUAACAUUGGGGGGAGGGAUAGCUCAGUGGUUUGAGCAUUGGCCUGCUAAACCCAGGGUUGUGAGUUCAAUCCUUCAGGGGGGCCACUUGGGGAUCUGGGGCAAAAUAAGUACUUGGUCCUGCUAGUGAAGGCAGGGGGCUGGACUCAAUGACCUAUCAAGGUCCCUUCCAGUUCUAGGAGAUGGGAUAUCUCCAUUAAUUAUUAUUAUUAUUAUAUUAUAAUCUAUAGCUGCUUAUUUGUAAUCAGUGGCAAGGUAAAGGCUUAUAUCUUAUGCAUAGUUGUUCGUGUGCGUGUGUCUAUGCAUACUUUAUAACAAAGUAUUUACAGUCAUUAAGACAAAAUAAAUAGCGGUUUGAUUGUUUUUAUUAAUGGCACAAAUGAACUUAACAAUUUAAUAGUAUUGAUUGUAUCAGCCUUAAUUACAUUACUCUUUCAGCAACUGCUCACAUUGAAUGAGCAUUUGUAGAGUAUGGAAACCAA